AUGCUAGGUCUCCGAGAUAAUCACAUCGGACCUGUUGGAACACAAUAUUUGGCUUAUGGAUUACAGCAUAAUAGGACACUUACCACACUCGAUCUUCGAAAUAAUCAAAUCGGAGAUGUUGGAGCACAAUAUGUGGCUGAUGCAUUACAACACAACACAACACUCACUACACUAAUUCUCUAUGUGAUUCAAAUUAGAGAGGACUUCAUACGUGAAAUUAAUAAAUUUCUUGAACGAAAUAAAAUCGAAAUAAAAUCAUAA